CGGGGCUCUGCCUCUGAGGAGAGCCCAGCGCAGGCCGCAGAGCCGGGGCCGCUGUGAGCCGAGAGCGCGGGCCGCGGAGCCCGCACGGCCGGCGCAGAGAAUUUGUUCCCGUCGAAGAGUGGCUGCUGGAUCUCCAGACCCUUUUUGGCUUUAGGAGUCUAGUGGGUGGAAAUUCUCUACCUCUGAGGAGAAACGGUGCUGCUCCUUCCUCAAGAGUGAGCUCCCCAUUGCUAUGGAUACCGAAUCCACAUAUUCUGGAUAUUCUUACUAUUCCAGUCAUUCGAAAAAAUCUCACAGACAAGGGGAGAGAAAUAGAGAGAGACACAAAUCACCCCGGAAUAAAGAUGGCAGAGGGUCAGAAAAAUCUGUCACCAUUCAAGCUCCCACCGGAGAGCCCCUGUUGGCAAAUGAUUCUACUCGGACGGAGGAAGUUCAGGAUGACAACUGGGGAGAGACCACGACGGCCAUCACAGGCACCUCAGAGCACAGCAUUUCGCAGGAGGACAUUGCCAGGAUCAGCAAGGACAUGGAGGACAGUGUGGGGCUGGAUUGCAAGCGCUACCUGGGCCUCACUGUGGCCUCGGUCCUUGGACUUCUAGUGUUCCUCACCCCCAUCGCCUUCAUCCUUUUACCCCCCAUCCUGUGGAGGGACGAGCUGGAGCCUUGUGGCACCAUUUGCGAGGGACUCUUCAUUUCCGUGGCGUUCAAGCUCCUCAUUCUGCUCAUCGGGACCUGGGCGCUCUUCUUCCGCAAGCAGAGGGCCGACGUGCCGCGGGUGUUUGUGUUCCGUGCCCUUUUGUUGGUCCUCAUCUUUCUUUUUGUGGUUUCCUAUUGGCUGUUUUACGGGGUCCGCAUCUUGGACUCACGGGACCGGAACUACCAGGGCAUCGUGCAGUACGCCGUGUCCCUGGUGGACGCCCUCCUCUUCAUCCAUUACCUGGCCAUCGUCCUGCUGGAGCUCAGGCAGCUGCAGCCCAUGUUCACGCUGCAGGUGGUCCGCUCCACCGACGGCGAGUCCCGGUUCUACAGCCUGGGACACCUGAGUAUCCAGCGAGCAGCAUUGGUGGUUCUGGAAAAUUACUAUAAAGAUUUCACCAUCUAUAACCCCAAUCUCCUAACAGCCUCCAAAUUCCGAGCAGCCAAGCACAUGGCCGGGCUGAAAGUCUACAAUGUAGAUGGCCCCAGUAACAAUGCCACUGGUCAGUCCCGGGCCAUGAUCGCUGCAGCUGCUCGGCGCAGAGACUCAAGCCACAACGAGUUGUAUUAUGAAGAGGCAGAGCACGAGCGGCGGGUGAAGAAGCGGAGAGCGAGGCUGGUGGUUGCGGUGGAGGAAGCCUUCAUCCACAUCCAGCGCCUCCAGGCCGAAGAGCAGCAGAAAGCUCCGGGGGAGGUGAUGGACCCGCGGGAGGCGGCGCAGGCCAUCUUCCCCUCCAUGGCCCGGGCUCUGCAGAAGUACCUGCGCACCACGCGGCAGCAGCAUUACCACAGCAUGGAGAGCAUCCUGCAGCACCUGGCCUUCUGCAUCACCAACAGCAUGACCCCCAAGGCCUUUCUAGAACGUUACCUCAGCGCGGGCCCUACCCUGCAGUAUGACAAGGAGCGCUGGCUCUCUACGCAGUGGAGACUGGUUAGUGAUGAGGCUGUGACUAACGGAUUGCGGGAUGGAAUCGUUUUCGUCCUGAAAUGCUUGGACUUCAGCCUCGUGGUCAAUGUGAAGAAAAUUCCAUUCAUCAUCCUCUCGGAAGAGUUCAUAGACCCCAAAUCUCACAAAUUUGUCCUUCGCCUACAGUCUGAGACAUCAGUUUAAAAGUUUUAUAUUUGUGGCUUUAUUACAAAAAAAAAAAAAAAAAUAUAUAGAGAUAUAUAUUUAUGUAUACCGGAAGGGCAUCUUUUUUUAUUAUUAUUCUUCAUUGCUGACUGAAACUGGCAGAUAAUAGACCAGUAUCCUUUGACCAUCCGCACUUUACUUGGAAGGAAGCAGGGGAUGUCCACCCUGGCAAAAAGCGACUGAUAACAUCUGACUUUUGUGGAUGGGACUUCUCACGAAGCCGUUCCCUGGCGUUUCUGUGACAGCUGUAAACCAAAGUAGAGCAGGUGGCUCUCGGGAGCCUCGCCUUACGGCAGCUAGUCCCUGCCUUUCGUCCAGGGCCAUGCCCUCCUGUUGCUUCUGGCCUGCCCCCUCGUCGACCUCCAGGGGGACGCGUCUUCAUUCUGUUCCAGGAAACCAGACACGGCAUGUCCACAUAGGUGCUUGUGUCCAUGAAUGUCCAGUACCACAUCACCCACAGGAGCCGCGCGCCCUUCCGCAAAUGCCUGCCUUCAUCUUUGUUCUUUGUUGCCUUAGGUUCUGCUGAGAGAGGUCACAGCAAAAAAUGUGCACUAGCAGUUGACAGUUCUAAAUGAUUUCAUUUUGUUUUCUCCCCCAAAGAGAAAACCUACCUGUCCUGUUUCUGACCGUUGGCCUAGGUUUGAGCAGGUGGCCCUUUCCUGACCCUGUGAUGGCGCACCCGUCUCCCUCCAUCCGCCCUCCCCUGCACGCACCACACCCCCACCUGGCUGGUGGUCCUGGCCAGGAAAGCCCAGCCUGCAGAGCUGCCCCGGACCCGGCUCUCCAUGUGUGCUCACGGGCUCUGUGCACUGUCUCCCGUGGGUGCCAUGGAUUGUUUGCAUAGGGAAGCAUAGCAUGCCAACCAGGUCGAACACAGGGACAGCAAGCCUGCCAGAUUGUCCCUUUUCGGCUGCAGCGGGAGCCCCUCCCCUCCCAGUUCUCCUUCCUACUGCUCACAGGGACCCAGGGCGGGGGGGGGGGGGGGGGGGAGCUGACGCCGCGACUCAGGGACUGGCAGGUGCAGCUUGGAGUCUCUGAUUUCCCAGGGAGAGAAGUCCUCACAAGCCUUCGUGGCCAAGCUGCCCUGCCAAGGGAGACCAAACAGUGCCCACUGCAGGGACAGCUACUGCUGUCUGGUCCCUGAUUUCUGACCACCAUCACUGUGCAACUCAUGACCUCUGCCACUUACUACCAGGGAAGGGGCUGCUUUGGCGCUGGUGUUGGAAGUCCUUGUAGUUACUGGUAAAGUGGGGGAGAGGGAAUGGGUAAGCAGCAGAGCUUGGGGAAAGGAAAGGUAGGGAGCCGAUCUUAGGAUUCUGGGGGGCGGGUGGCAAAGCUGCGGGGAAGCUCCUGUCUGUGCCUCCAUUUGCCUUCCUGUAUCCACGGCCAGCCUUUACAGAGUAUUCGCCCUUGCUUUUCCCACGGAUCGGGGGUAGCCAAUCACCUCGCUUUAGACAAGGAGGACCCUGUCAGAAUGCUCUUUGUGUUCGCGAGGACCCUUCCUGGUUUGUGCAUUCCAAAAGUGGUGCAGUGUUUGUGUAUCAUUUUUUUAAAUCCAAAUGGGCUUUGGAUAUUUUUAAUACACCUGUACCUGCAAAAGUAAACAGCACUCUUGACCCAACAGCCUGCAGCUCAAAAAGAUGUGUUGGAACAGAAGAAAGGAGGAGUCAGUACCAGUCAGUAUGGCGUGGAGCCAAGAUGCGCUAUGUUAACUACGUGGUUCUGUUUGUGGAAAACACAUACCAUGUAACCACGGUGCUUUUGUUCUUUUUAGUUUUUGAACUGGACGUUCCUUAUGCUGAUGAUGUCUUUCUCAGGAAAUAUAUUUUGGGAGAUAGGGCAAGGGAUGGUGAAAGCGUAUGGGACUUUGGUUGGGUCACGGUUGUCAUGCCCCAGACUAAGUGUCUCAGAGGCUUCUGCAGCAGGAGCCCAGCAGCUGGAGAUGCUCUAAGUACUUCCUGUAGGUCAUAUGCAGAACAUUUUGUUCAUGAAGACACUAUUCAUCUGCAUUCUAAAAUACUGUGCUUCCAAACCCUGUCUUAAGUUACCAGGCCAGAAGGGGUUAAGAUAGAGUCAUUGCCUUGGUGCCUGUGUUCCUCAGCGGGGUGAAGAAAGGUUUAAAUCAAGGAAUUUAUUUUCUCUCUACCCCCUUCUCUUUCCCCCAGUCUUUGCAUAGGAGAAUGUCAGACUUUCUGAAAUUGUUUCGGUUUUAAGUUGGAUAUCGAUUUUUUUACACUGACUUUGUAUUGAGUCCCUUUUGAAAGAAUAACAAAAUAAAAUGCAGGAUCUUUGUAUAAAGCCUUUGCAUUUUCAAGAUCUUAAUAACUUGAGUUACUGGUGCAGUGGGAACAAUGUAAAUGGCAUUAAAAAGAUUUAGGGUUUCAGAAAAAGCUGCAUCGCCCGGUCGAACACGAUGCGUUUUUAUUGCAGUCGUUGGAACCAACAGGCUGUUCUUUUUUAAAAGAGGGUGAGCUGCCCCAGGGCUAGUAAAAUAUGUGAGACUUCACAGUGGAGGACCAAGAUUUCAUUUGCCUUAAAUGUUUAUAGAUUUUCUAUAACUUUCCAACCUAAGUUAUUAAAACGUGAAUGUUAAAUGUUCGGAGUAGAAGACCCUAGUGACGAGCGCAUCCCCUGGUGGUGUUUUAACCGGUGGUUAACUUUGGUUCCUCAGUGUAUACUUCUGAAGGUGAUGAUAAUUCUUAAUCAUCCACGAACUGAAUGUUAAAACGUCUGCACGCUUAGAGUUGGAAAGAACUUUAAGGUUUUAUAGUUUCCCCAUCCUUUGCAUUUUCAGUGAAGUCAAAACACAUGGUACUUUUGCUAAAGUCCAUCCUAAGGUAAGCCCUUGAGAAAAUGCUUGAGCAGGGUUUUGCCCGGCUGUCAUCAUCCCCCUUCUCCCUCUCUGUCCUUCCCUUUCGAAUCUACCGACAGAUAGAAUUCUGUUCAGAAGUGGGUGGAGGUAUGUGGCCCCCCAGGGGGGGGGUGUGCGUGCUGCAUUGGGGUUCUUUGCUGGAGUUGGAGCGCCUUUUCCGUGGGGAGGUAGUGGCUGGGCUGGUGUUGGCGGGGGGGGGGGGAUGAGAUGAGGUGUCCCCCUCCCCUUUCACCAUACUUGCGGCUUCUCUUCGUUCUGCAUGCAUGUAUUUCGGAAAGGGCUGUAGCUCUGUGGCAAGCCCCCUGCCUGUCGGGAUGGCAGACGUCCUUACCCUGCCCCUCCUCAUCCCACCCCCCACCUACACCUGUGAAACCAAGAGAAUCGGGUCCUUGGUUCGCACUCCCUCUGGCUGGGUCCUGCGAAGUCAGGCUCCUUCAACGGGGACGCAUACUUGGUGGUGGGUAUGCGUUUCCAUAUGUGUGUGCAUGGCUCUGAGUGUAAUUACCCCAGGGACGGCACGUUUGUAUGUUAGCGAUCUGAACAUCUGUGUCGUCUGUCGCUGGUGGGUGUCCUGUCAACAGGUAACGUACGCAUGUGUUCGUAUGGAUGAGUGUCUGUGUUUCUACCCUGUGCCCUAUGGUGGAGAGAUUUCCUAAUGGCCCCCAUCUUUUGGAAGGCUGCCAGUUUACUUCUCCCUUGGCUCCUUUAUUCCUUUCCCUCCCUGACACUGGCUUCUCCCCAGGAGUAAAUGGCUUUAGCAUAGAAGAGUCUUCUGGAAAGCUUGACAUCCUGCGGGCAAUCCAUUAGACUCUUUCUUGCCUUAGGACCCUGUGACGUGAAAACAGCAAGAAACAGAAAGGUCAAGCUCUGUGAUAAUGACUGCUCCAACUUUACUACCCUGGAAGCCUUACUGUAUAUUUCUCAGCAUAACUUAAAAAUUGAGCUUCAUAAAAAAAAACAUAACACUGAUGACUAAAAGUAGCACAGAAAUGUUAACGUAAUAUUUAAGUAGUCCAGCAGAGAUCCUUCCUGCGAUUGUAAAGUGAUGUAAGUAUUUCUGGUAGCGUUUAUGCUUUAUGGAUCUUGUUACAAGAAAAUAAUAAUAAAUCACUACUGUGAAUUUACUAUGUAACCUUGUGGUCAUAUUCCAUCAUAAAUAAAAGGUGAAUUGUUCUGAAG